AUGGCAGCACGCAAGCUGCAGACAGAGAUAGAUCGGACCUUUAAAAAGGUGUCAGAGGGCGUAGAGCUCUUUGAGGGCCUGUACGAUAAGCUACAGACAUCGUCGAACCAGGGCCAAAAAGAAAAGCUCGAGUCGGAUCUCAAGACGCAGAUCAAAAAGCUCCAGCGGCUGCGCGAUCAAAUCAAGGUGUGGCUGCAAAGCAAUGAGAUCAAAGACAAGAAGCCAUUGCUUGACAACCGGCGACUUAUCGAGACGCAGAUGGAACGGUUCAAAGCGGCCGAGAAAGAAAUGAAGACCAAGGCCUUUUCGAAAGAGGGUCUCAUAGCGGCCUCGCGGCUUGGACCGGAGGAGAAGGCCAAGGUCGAGAUGUCGCAGUGGCUCACGUCCAUGGUUGAUGAGCUGUCGCGGCAGAUUGAGGUGGCGGAGGCAGAGAUCGAGCAGGCCCUUGCCUCCUCCAAAAAGAGCAAGAAGGCGUCUGUCAAGGACGAGCAUGUGAGCUCUAUUGAGCACCGCAACGAGCGACGCAGCUGGCAUAUUUCGCGACUCGAGAUUCUACUGCGCAUGCUCGAGAAUGGCUCACUAGAGGUUGAUCAGAUCAACGAUGUCAAGGAGGACAUUGCCUACUUUGUUGAGAGCAACAACGAAGACGACUUUGAAGAGGACGAGGGCAUCUACGACGAGUUCAAUCUAGACGACGAGGAAGAGGCAUUCGGGCUCAAGGAGGCGGAUGAUUCGACCGUGCAGGACUCAUCCAUGCCUACCGACGAGCCAGCUGAGGCACCGCCGGCGCCUGCGCCACCGCCUGAAGAGCCGCCCAAGGCGCCCAAGAAGGAAGAGAAGAAGAGCGCCAAAAAGGCGCCCGUGACCACAGAGCCUACCGAGCCCAAACCCGCACCAGAGCCAGCCCCUGCGUCCGCAUCGGUCGCCUCACCCGCACCAGCGCCGGCACCGGCACCCGCGUCACCAGCGCCCAAGGCAGCGGCGCCGCCACCUAUCCGAUACGCCACGGCCGCUGCCGCCGCUGUGGCUGCAUCAUCCGCACAGGGCAGUGACGAACAGGCUUCACGGCCGCCACGGCCGCCGUCAGACGGCGACGCGCGUCUGCCUGAUACGCUCUCGGACCUGGUCGUGUCGUUUGAGUGGGCGAAGCAAAAGUCGGCCCUCCGCGACUCGAAUCUGCCGCACGCCCAGCAUGCGCUGGCGACAAGUUAUACGAAUGGCGUGCCGGAGCCGCAAGACUCGGAGCGUCCCAAGCACUAUGUGCCCAAGGACCCGUAUCCGACGCCGCCGUACUAUCCACAGACGCCGGCGAGCAUCUUUGACAACCCCGCGCUGUACACCAAGUUUGAUGUCGAUACAUUGUUCUACAUCUUCUACUACCAGCCAGGCACGUACCACCAGUACCUGGCUGCCCGUGAGCUCAAGAAGCAGUCGUGGCGCUUUCACAAGCAGUACCUCACAUGGUUCCAGCGGCAUUCAGAGCCGCAAACCAUCACGGACGAAUACGAGCAGGGCGCCUACGUGUACUUUGACUGGGAAGGCUCAUGGUGCCAGCGGCGCAAGAACGACUUCCGCUUCGAGUACCGCUGGCUCGAAGACAACUAG